ACAUCUUUGUACGAAUAAACCAAUAGGGAUGUAGGGGUGUGGUUUACAUGAGCCAAUGAGGACGAGGCCAGGAGUAUAAAUGAUCUGCACGGUCCGCUCCUCGCCUCAUUCUCUUGCUGUGUACAGAUCUCUGCAGAGCCAUGGCCAGAACCAAGCAGACAGCGCGUAAGUCCACCGGCGGGAAAGCUCCCCGCAAGCAGCUGGCCACUAAGGCCGCCAGGAAGAGCGCCCCCGCCACUGGCGGAGUCAAGAAGCCUCACCGCUACCGGCCCGGGACCGUCGCUCUCCGGGAGAUCCGGCGCUACCAGAAGUCCACCGAGCUGCUCAUCCGGAAGCUGCCCUUCCAGCGCCUGGUCAGAGAGAUCGCCCAGGACUUCAAGACCGACCUUCGCUUCCAGAGCUCGGCCGUCAUGGCCCUGCAGGAGGCCAGCGAGGCUUACCUGGUCGGGCUCUUCGAGGACACCAACCUCUGCGCCAUCCACGCCAAGCGGGUCACCAUCAUGCCCAAGGAUAUCCAGCUGGCCCGCAGGAUCCGUGGGGAGAGGGCUUAGAUCUGCGCCCCGCACCCAACAAAGGCUCUUCUCAGAGCCACCACCUCCUCCUCAGACGAGCUCC